AUGACUUGCGGUAGUCGGGAUUACAUAAGGACACGGGCCCGUGCGAACUCUGCUGCAAGACCUGCCACCACAGCUCCUGUUUCUUUUCACGACACAACUACGCAAGUAGUUGACAUGGCCUCGAAAAAGGCUCCUACCGGGCACUUCUCGAUUCUGUACUUCGCCGCUGCCUCUACAUUCACGGGAAAGACCAGCGAGCACCUGCCUGCGCCUAUCAAGGCCUGCGAUUUGUUCGAUACGCUCGAGGACCGGUAUCCAGGCAUCAAGGGAAAGGUUCUCGCUAGCUGUGCCGUGACAGUAGACCUAGAGUACAUUGAUAUCAAUGAGGGGGAUGCUGCCGAUCUUGAAAGGGUGAUCCAGGAGGGCGACGAGGUCGCCAUCAUUCCUCCGGUAAGCUCUGGCUGAAACGCUGGAACUUGUGGUUUGCGAGACGAUGGGCGGCAUUGAGCUGCUAUGAGACAUGUGAUUAGAUAGCAAUGUGGCAUGCAAUUUUCAAUUCGUUGCCAUGAAAUGAAAUGGCGUGCAAGCUCCGAUGUC